AGGCGAUUCCUAUUGUCUGAGGGCUUGGAGUUGUAACGAAGAGAAGACCGAUUGUGUGAGCAUUCAAUUUAUAUCAUUCAAAAUGAAGACAAACACUAAUUUUGUCUGCAAUUCUGUACAUAAGUCCAGUCGACACGAAUCCAGACUAAAGACCAUCACAACAAAGCUGGCCAUAAGAAGGGCUAAUGAGGGACUGACGGGCACUGCCGACGACACCGCCGACCAAACAGUCAUUAUUCAG